AUGGAAAGUACGAAACAGAGACAAUAUGCAUAUUUAGCAAAACAAUUAGAUCAGUUACAUGCAAACCUUCAAGUUACCAAAGAAGAGAUGGAAACUAUGUCGUCUCAAUGUAAUACGCAUCUAAUAGGCCAAUUGGGUAAAGUCAAUGCAAGUUGGUUCAUUGCGUCAAACAGGUUUUUAAUCCAUGAGUUCUUUCAGAAUGAGAAAACAAGUGAAGAGAAAUGA